UAUCGACCGAGGUUGAUGCAAAGUUUAGUGGCAAGUUGCAGUCACAGUUGCAGCGCCCAGUCUCUGCGAAUUACCAAGGGACUCGUCACAACCAACACUUAGCAAACGGCACUCGAGACCCAUGCAGAUUCCAGAUUCGCUGAUCGACCUCUGACUGGCGCACGUGCUUGCCGCUGUAUGUGAUUGAGCCAUCGUGCUUAGGUCCUGUCGGUCAUGCCUUCCCUUCUAACCUGCCGGUCGUACCUUCCCUGACUUUAUCGUGAGGUGGAUUCCUGCAUGAGUGGGGCUACCGUCGAGUCUCGUCACUUACCCAAAAGCAACCCUCCAAUUCCCACCCACUCGUUUUCGCGACCGUCUCUUUUCACCAUACACUCUCAGGCUCACCAUUUCCCACCUCGACAUCCGCCGCAAUCGCGUCAGCCAAGUUACAAGGCCAGGUAGUUAUGGUCGCGGUCCCGACAGCUUCUGGAUCCCCCUGGAAUCCCUUUUCGGAGCGAGCAAUCGCAGAUACUGAACAAUCAUGACCCUGGUGCUAGACUUGUCUCCUCAGUCCCUCUAGGUAGCCGAUCACUUCCCGGACCCGCGAUGGCUUCGCCGGCGGAUUCGACGCCGGCGCCCCUCGCUGAAGCUGCGCGGGACAGCGACGCGGCUCCGGCCAAGGCGCACGCAGCGGCGUCGCCCAACCCAGCGUCGCAAUUGACGCAAACCACAGCCGGACCUGCCGCCUCUAUCGCCUCCGACGCAGUCGCAUCACCUGGGCCUGGCGGAUACACGACCGAAGACGACGCGAAGGAGGAGGGCGAAGCAGAUGAAGACGACACCGCCGACACCAACGGCAAGCCUACCAUCACCUCGACCACCUCGCAGCCUGCAGAGACGCAGCCGCCAUUGCCCGCCGAGCCCACUCCAGAGCAGCAGCCGCAAACCCAGCAGGGCGAUGGUUGGGACUAUAUGUGGCAUGCUGGAUCAAACCGGUACUACUUCUUCAAUUCACUGACAGGAGAGAGCACCUGGGAUAACCCGCGUGUCCCCCCUUCGGCGUCCACCGUCACGGUCGAUGUAGCAACGGGCCCUCAAUCGCCCGCGCCGCCGCCACUUCCCACUGUUGCCGGCGGCUACAACCCCGCAAUCCACGGGGACUAUGACACGUGGUACGCAGAGCACGGACCCAAGGAUGAGGACGAUGAUGAGACGUCGGUGGCGGCGGGGAUGGCGGACCCGGCCCAGCUGCUGGCUGGCGUCACGUUCAAUCGCGUGACCGGCCAGCCUCAGCGGUCAGACCAGGGCGCGGACUGGCACGGCGACGAGGGCAGAGCGCGGCGUCAGAUGAACAGCUUCUUCGACGUCGACUCGGCCGCAAACGCCCACGACGGAAGGAGCCUCAAGGCCGAGCGCGCCGGCAAGCGCCUCACCAGGAGCGAGGUGAAGCACUACAAGGAGAAGCGCAAAGCCAAGAAGGACGAGAAGAGGAGGGCUUGGCUGAGGGACUGAUCGGGUCUGUCUCGCGGCCUGCCUCUGUUCUUCCCUACUGUCCCUUUCUUCCCCCUGUGGUGGUUGGUUACUCGUUCCAGCCGCGCAACGGUCACAGAAGAGACUCCCGGUUUUCAUGGAGUUGCCUUCUUUUUGCGUGCGAUCUUUACAGAAGGGCCUCACGGUUACCAUGGAGUUGCCUUGUUCUUUCGUGCCCUCUUUACCGAAGGGCCUCACGGUUGUCAUGAAGCUGCCUUCUUCCUUGCAUUGUCUUUUUACAGAAGAGACUCACGGGUUUCAUGGAGUUGCCUUCUUCUCGCAUGCGGUAUUUACAGAAGAGCCUCACGGUUUUCAUGGAGCUGCCUUCUUCUCUCUUGUCUUUUUACAGAAGGGACUUGCGGUUCUCAUGAGGUUGCCUUCUCGCAUGCGAUCUUUACCCAAGGGCAUCACGGUUGUCAUGGAGCUGCCCUCUUCGUUUGUCUUGUCUUAUUUGCGCUUUUAUCUUGCCUGCUUUCCUGUUCCAUCCUUCUUCCCCUUGCCUUUUCUUCCAUUGGUACAGGAUGGCAAGGCGGCUUUUGGAGAGGAAAAUCUGGGCUUGGACUGUUGAAUUGUGAUGUGUUUAUAGGCUCUAUUCUAAUGGCGGGUUGGAUGGCAUAGUCCUUGGAUCUUCUUGGAUCUCCUUGGAUCUACCAGGUCGACUGCAUCGGCUUGACGACGGCAUUUGCGCGGGUUUUGACGGGGCGCGGAUCUGGGUUAGAACACUGGACCAACACGAGAACAGGACAUCAACUGUGCGUGUUAUGUAGACAUAUAUACUGCGGUUGAGAAACAAAUGGGUUCCCGCAUAUCGCUUAUCAACACUGAUCGUCAUCGUCCGCGUCCGCGUCCUCGUCCUCAUCCUCUUCAUCGUCGUCGAGAACCAUC